AUGUUGUCUACCAAAGCAACCACCUUACUGCUGGUCGCCAUCAUUGGUGUCUCAUGUAAGUUUAUCUAUUAUUUAUUCUCCUAUAACAUUAAUAAUUGAUAUUGUCGCUUUUUGUGCUCUCAAUAGUACUAUUCACCAUAACUUAGUUUGCAUUUGAAGUAUGUACUGAGUUUUUACAAGACAUUCCGUAGGACAAAAUAUUGUAACUUGUUUCACUUUACUCUACCUCCUUGAUCGUGUCGUGAAAUUAUAUUUAUGAUGUUAUAUUUUUUAUUUCUAGUUGCCGAUCCGUUGCAAGAUAGAAGAAGUAAUCCAAAUAGUGAAUCAUGGUAUGGUAAUAAUCCUGAUUAUCAACAUUUGAUUAAUACUGCAUCACAGUAUGGACAAAACCCUGGUCAUCAGAAUUCAGUGGCUGAUACACGGUGGGAUGAUAGACAAAGUUAUCCUCAAAAACCGAUUCCUAACGGAUCACUGAACAAUCAAAGUCCUGGUAAUCAGAAGCCAGGGUUUCUCAAACCAUCUCGUAAGAUAAAACCGUUUGAGCUAACACCAGAUUUAAAAAUGGCGUAUGAGAGCAUUGAUAGUCAACGCCCAGCGGGUUCUGGAUCAAAGACCUACUUAGGAUCUAUAACUGUCCUGAAGGGCAAUACUUACAACGUGGAUCCAAAUUCCACGAACAUUUAUGGAUCAGUCACUCAAAUUUCCGGUUCGUAUCUAUAUCCUGUGGAACAAGAACGACUCGAUCGCAUAAACCAAAAAUUUUUUAAAAGAUCUUAGGCGAUUCAGACCCUAAGUCAUAUCAGACAAGUGAUAGAAGAACUGUCAACGUGCAUGGAGCGGUAACCUAUCAAGCAAACACAACAUAUCCAUCUCAGCCACAACACUCGAUCCAGCAAUCAAUUAGAAGUCGUCAAACUGCCAGCACUCAGCGUCCUGCUCAAGAAUCUCCCGAAACGCAACAAUUGAGAUAUCUGCAAACGAGAGUUGGCGAUCUUACAAGCGAAGUCUGGAACCAAAUCGCUGAACUAAGGUGCAUACAAAGCUCUAUAGACACAAUUUUAGAAUUGUAG